UAUAGCUCUCGAUGAAACAAAACAUUGAUGACAAGGCAGCGUGACGGCGGGCGUCACCUAUUAAUUUUACAAUAAUUUUAUGGAAAUAGUCAAAAUUUUCAGUCACAAGAACAAACGUUCGGGCAUUUUGAAUAAUGUGUUCAGUGUCAUCGAUCGUAUAGCUACAAUGACGACUAAAAAGACUGUUAUCAAAGGUAGCAAAGAGAGUAAUGACAAAAAUCAUGAUGGCUUACCCGACAUAGCUUUGGCCGCCAUAGCUUCUUACAAAAAACAGAAAGAAGUCGGCGAAUUCAUGAGUUUUCUUCUGGCGGCUCUCGAGCGCAAUGCUGGAUGGCUAAACAGCAUCAUAGACAAACAGAAUAACUUUAAAUGUGUCUUCAUGACUGGCGCUGGCCCGAAUCGUUUUCACCUCCAAGAAGUGAUCUAUCCAGCGCAGGAUGAAAACCUAAAAUUGGAAGUAGAGCCUAAAGACUCCGAAGAUCAUGACAAGAUUGCCGUGGCAGCUCUGUUGAAGAUGCCCAGCGCAGAGAUUGAUUACAUGAUAAAGUUCAUAAAGACGAAAUUGAAUGAUAAUAUAUUAUUGAAAGAUGAUUUGUUGAAGGGUAAGUCUAUGGGUAUCAGCUUUGCUGUUCUAAGGCCAUUUUCUGAGAAGCAAUUUAGAGUAGCCGAAAGGAUAGUGAUUGAGAACUCUUUGAAAUGCCCUGCGCCAUUUAAGAAGAGGCGGAGAGAGGAGAAACUCUUCAUAGGCCCUCCAAUGAAGACUAAAAAGGUUGCAUAGUUUUGAGAGUGAUUGAAGGGAAAAUUAUGGAAGUAGUUGCGGCACACCGCGGUGUCAUGGCGCAUGUAAUGGCAACAAUUCGAACCGGCUAUAAAAUUCGCAACUCACAGUAAAUUACACUCAUUUUUGCAGUGAUCGUUUCCGAUUACACGUGAUGGAUGGGGCAUCCAUUUGCGGAGAACUAGUACAUUUCCACCAAUGUUAUUAUUGCUUUCACUUCAAUAUUGCACUUGUACUGAAUUAAUAAAUACCUUGUCAUCA